AUGGCCAACAACAAGGCGGAUUCUCCCGAGAGGGCCUCGAAGAAGCACAAGCCCGAUCACGAUGACAGCGGAGAGGACUCGGACAGCUCGUUGGAGGCCGACUUCCUGUUCAAUGACCCCGCGCCGGAAGACAGCGACGGAAUCCUGGCCAUCAUCCAGGGCUACCUCAAGAAAGUGCAGUGGGAGCCCCCGAAGGACGCCAUGGACUCCACGUACGGCAUCCUGGCGCACCUGAUAGCGAACCAGCCGAAUCUCGGCACGUUGGUGAAGACCGGCGACGACGAAGACGAGCAGGCCUUCGUCAUGGCGGUGCUCUCGCUGCUCAACCUGAGGAUGUACAAGCAGCUAGAGACGCUGCAGGACGCCAUCAUCGCACUGACCAAGCAACACGGAUCGCAGCAGGACCUGGAAGCCAUGACCAAGAUCCUGGGCAGUGAACGCAACCAGAUAGGGCUGCUGGUCAACGAGCGCCUGGGAAACAUACCCACGCAACUGAUAGGGAGCCUGCAUCAGUGCCUGUACGACGACCUCAACUGGUCGCUGGAGAACGCCGACGACGAGGAAGAGCGCAAGUUCUACAAGUUCACGCACCUCAUCUCCAUAAGCCGCGUGUUCACGGACAACGCGAAGGAUUUCCAGGCGAAGCACAUGGUGUACGUCAAACCGGAGGAACGCUUCUACUGCGAGGAGGCCACCGUCAAGUUCAUGUGGACCACGGGGGAGUCGAACAAGGUCGACUUCUACGAGGACGGCGACGAGAGCAAACCGUCGAAAACGCGCGUCGUACCGGAAGCGAUGAUGUUCAUCUGCGUGCCUAUCGGCAAGUUCAAGGGCGUGGUGCGGAAAAUCGCAGAAACCUUUGCCUGA